UGAUCUGUCACUGUCAGAAUUAGUGAAUGUUAGGAUGGGGUUGUAAUUUUUAUUAAAUACUUAAUUAUUAAACUGUACAUAUACGUUAUCAUCAUAAUGUAGUUCGGACAACCUAACAAUACAUUAAACCUGGAGUCUCUCUUAUGCUGUCAUAGCGUCGUUUAGUGAUAUUCUUUGAAAACAUCAACAAAACAUAAACAGGGACAUGUUUUCUCUACUAGAGCACACUAAAGAGGAACGGUUUCAUGUACAUUAUCGGCUAAGUUUCAAGCAAGUUUGCCUCAUAACAGUUUCUUGUCCGUUUUUAGCCCUAAUAGUUUGUUUCAUCACUGCCUACAUCUAUCAAUAUGAUGAUAUACAUGAAACCCAUUGUAGGGUGUUUAAUAUCGUGCCCUCAAUUAGUGCUAUCACUGGAAUCAGUCCUCAGAGAUACAUUUGGAGGAUCAGUAUUGCCUUUCACGUAGGACCAAGAUUAAUAAUUUCAGCUGUGUAUCGGGCAUAUCAUUUAACUUUAAUCAACCCUCUUGCUCAAAAAGAAGUUCAAGAAAAAGCCCAAUUUUGGCUUAAUGUUGCGUUUUGGUUGAAUGUUAUAGAAACUGGAUCUUUAUGUGGGGUCACAUAUAUUUCUAACAGAGAGAAUUAUGCUAUUCAUGAAAAACUAUUCAUAACCUUUAUGGUGAGUAGCUUGACACACAUGCUGGCAUGUAUACAAGGAAUGAAGGCUGUAGCAGAUACAAGAGACGUGACACAGAACACACAAAUUAAUAGCUGUCUAUAUCUGAAGCAGCUUCUCUUUAAUGUGUCCAUCUUGAUGACAGUAGGCUUGGUGGGGUUCUUCCUCCAGCACAGGUUGUUAUGUCAUAGAAUGGCUUUCAGUAUGUUUGCCUUGUGUGAGUACAUAAUAGCACUGGCAAACAUGGCUUUCCAUGUAACAGUGAUAUUGGAUUUUCCCACAGAACAUUUCAUGGUGGCUAAGCAACUGCAUACUCAAGAAGGAGACUCAAAGUCUGCUUCUCUAAAAUUAGACUAAUCGAUUUCCUAAUAUUUAUAAGUACAAUAGAACCUUUUACCAAGGUCAAUGAAUGACCCUAAAAAAUACACAAUUAUACGAACCAAAAAUAACAUAAAAGUUUUUUUCAUGAUUUAUUGAAUAUUUUUAUGAGAGAGUUUAGUAAAAGGUUUUAUUAGAUAGUUAGAAAAAAUUUCUAGAUUUUUUCACAGUCGCUUCCCCAUGUAGACUGAAUUUUAUUGUUAAAACAAUGUAGGGGCUAAAUUUGUUUAUUUUAAUUUUAUACACAAGUAACCUCAGUUUAUUUAAUAAACUAGUGAAGGAGGAA